AUGCCCCGCAACCCCUCCGCAACCCGCCCCCCCGACCGGGACCGCGACGCCCGCCGCGAGCGCCGCCACCACCGGCGCAACUCGUCCUUGGCGCCCGACGACGACGACCUGCAACAGCAGCACCAGCGGCGGCGGCGACGGCGGCCCAGCACAGCGCGGGCGGGCGGUGCCGACGACCGGAGCUCGGAAGAGGGCGGCGGCGGCGGCGGCGGUGGUGGUGGUGGUGGUGGUGGUGGGGUGUUGUCGGCGGCGGCGCUGGCGAGGCUGAAUCGCGCGAAUGGGUCGGCGCCGCCGUUGGCGAUGCCUGGGGGUGGUGGUGGUGGUGGGAGGGAGAGGGUGAGGGAGAGGGAAAGGGAACGGGAGAGGGAGAGAGAACGGGAGGUGGAGAGGGAGAGGGAGUUGAGGAGGGAGAGACGGAGGGAGCAGGAUAGGGAGAGGGAGCGGGAGAGGAAUCGGAUGAGGGAUCGGAGUCGCGGGUAUGAGGUUGUGGAUGUCUCGCCGCCGGGGGAGAGUGAGAGGUAUGAUGUGGUGGAUGUGUCGCCGGUGAAGGAGGGGAGGGGGCAUAGGGGGCCUGAGAGGGAUAAGAGGAGGAGUGCUCGGGUGGUGAGCGGGCCGGUGCUGGAGGAGGGGAGAGGAGGUGGUAGCGGCGGUGGUGGUGGGAGAGGGUGGACCGGGUUGAGGGGUGGUGGACGAGGGAGUGAUGAUAGUAUGGGGACCGAGAAAGAGCCGUUAUGGAACGGGAAACCGGCGCCGUGGUACAAGCAGAAGAAAAAGCUAUGGAUCCUCAUCGGUGUCUGCACCGUGCUGCUUAUUAUCAUCAUCAUCGUGGCGGCUGUGGUGGUCCCCAACUCUGGCGGGGAUGACAAAAAGCGCGAUGGAGGUGGAAGCAGCAGCGACAGCGAGAGCGGCCUCGGAGGGGUAUCACCGGACAGUAUACCAAAAGGGGCCCCGUCUUGGCUGAACCCAUUCGUAUGGGAGGACACAGCCGACUUCAACCUCACUUACACCGACGAAACGGUCGGCGGUCUGCCCCUCAUGGGCCUCGACACGGAGUGGGAUGAUUCUGCAAAAGCCAACGACCAUGUGCCAGCAUUGGACAAGCCAUGGGGCGACUACGCCAAGCGGCCAGCACGAGGCGUCAAUGUGGGCGGCUGGCUCUCGCUCGAGCCAUUCAUCACGCCCUCUCUCUUCAACUACGAUCUCCGUAUGGGCAUCGUCGAUGAGUACACCCUCUGCAAAUACCUAGCCAAACGAUGCGAGAGCGUCCUCGAGAAGCACUACGCUACUUUUGUGACGGAGGACACCUUCAAGGAGAUCCGAGAUGCCGGGCUCGACCACGUCCGCAUCCCCUUCUCCUACUGGGCCGUGGAGGUCUACGACGGCGACCCCUACGUCUUCCGCACCUCAUGGCGCUACCUACUCCGAGCCAUCGAGUGGUGCCGCCGCUACGGCCUCCGCGUCAACCUCGACGUGCACGGCCUGCCCGGCAGCCAGAACGGUUGGAACCACAGCGGCCGACUCGGUCCCAUCAACUGGCUGAACGGUACCGACGGCGCCCUCUGGGGUAAGCGCGCCCUGGAGUUCCACGACAGCCUCUCCAAAUUCUUCGCCCAGCCGCGCUACAAGAACAUCAUCAGCCACUACGGUCUAGCCAACGAGCCCAAGAUGACCUUCCUCGACUCGCAGGAGGUCCUCCAAUGGACGACGGACGCGCACGCUCUCGUACGCAAGAACGGUGUAUCAGACGCCAUCGUGGUCUUCGGCGACGGCUUCCGCGGCCUGCACAACUGGCAGGGCGAGCUGCAGGACCUCGACCGGGCGGCGCUCGACGUGCACCAGUACGUCAUCUUCAACACAGGCCAGAUCGUCUUUAACCACACGGCCAAGGUGCGCUACGCGUGCGAGGGCUGGACCGAGCAGACCCUCCAGAGCAUGGAUCGCAGCACCGGCUUCGGCCCCACCCUCGUCGCCGAGUGGUCCCAGGCCGACACCCGACUGCGCCAAGCACCUGACGAACGUGGGCUGAGAGAACCGCUGGACGGGCUCGUUGAUAACCCCCGACGGGAGUGGGGAUGUGACCCACCCCGCGCUGUCCGGCGCAGGAUAACUCGUGCAGUUGUGACGAGGCCAAUGCGCCGUUGUUGUACCACUCUGGGGAUAUUGUUGCCGUUUGAGAUUGGUGUUGCUAACGGGCGUUGUCAACAGACCACAAUGGAGCUACAAAAAGGGGCUCGCGGCCGGUGUCCUCCCGGCCAAGGCAUACGAGAGGAGCUUUGA